GGAUCGCUUCUCCCGGGGCUCUAAACCCAAAACCCUUUCUCUCACUCUUUCUUUUCCGGCGAUCGAAUUCCGGGGAGGAAUUAGGGUUAGGGUUUGGGAAACAUGGUGGCGGACAAGGGGAAGAAGUCGAAGGUUGUGGAGGAGGAUUCCGAAAACGUUGAUGGAGAGCUCGUUCUCUCCAUCGAGAAGCUCCAGGAGAUCCAGGACCAACUCGAUAGGGUCAAUGAGGAAACUAGUGAAAAGGUUUUGGAGGUGGAGCAGAAAUAUAAUGAGCUGCGUAGACCUGUCUAUAGUAAACGUGAUGAGAUCAUCCGAGCCAUUCCAGACUUCUGGUUAACUGCAUUCUUGAGUCAUCCUGCCCUUGGUGGGCUUUUAACCGAGGAAGAUCAAAAGGUUUUCAGAUACUUGGUGUCCAUAGAUGUCGAAGACUCUAAAGAUGUAAAAUCGGGCUACUCAAUCAUAUUUAACUUCUCCCCCAAUCCGUUCUUUGAAGACACAAAGCUUACAAAGACAUACUCCUUCCUUGAUGAGGGAACUACUAACAUAACUGGUACAGAGAUUAAGUGGAAGGAUGGUGUGGAUAUUGCCAAUAGUGCUGGUCUUGAGAAGAAGGGUUCAAAACGGCCAUUAGCAGAGGAAAGUUUCUUUAGCUGGUUCGGGGAAACUCAACAGAAAAAUGAUUCUGAUGGAAUGACUGAUGAGGUGGCGGAGAUUAUCAAGGAAGAUUUGUGGCCUAACCCGUUGAAGUAUUUUAACAAUGAGGCAGAUGAGGAAGAUUUCGAGGGAGAGGGAGAUGCAGAUGCAGAUGAUGAUGAGAAGGACACAGAUUGUGACGAUGAUGAAGUUCCAGAUGAAGAUGAAAAUGGCGAAGAGGACGAUUCCUGAGCAAUUCAUCAAAGCUCCUGCUCUGUAGCUUUUUGCACGGUUUGUACAUGGCUUUUGUAAAGCAGACCUGUGUGGUAAAACAAGCCCUUUAAUGAUAGGAUGAUCUUAUGUUUUUAUCCACUGAAGCUGUAAUAUUCCCUGUUACAUCAACAGUCUGAGAUACCUUUGUGUCUAUCUGUUCUACUGGUCCACUUCAAUGAUGUAUUGCCUACAUAUGUACUAGAUUUUGUGGAUGUUCUCCAGCGUCUUUUAUCUUUCUUGAUUCAUGGAAUCCUAGUCCAUUUAAGUUA